UUGCAAGGGUAAAGGGGGAGGAGAUCAGUUACAACACACUAUUGCGACACCCAGCAGGGUUGAAAGUGACAACAGCGAGGGUUUCUCUUUUUGGAAAUAUGAGGGUUUUUCCGCUUCUGACAGUGGGACGGAACGACAGCAGCGCGGGCCGAGGCAGCCUGCCGCCCUUCUGGGAGAAGACCCUGCAAGAUGCAAGCCUUCAGAAUCUGGGAUAUUAACCAGAAGACCUUCUAUCUGAGGAACAACCAACUCAUUGCCGGCUACUUACAAGGACCAAAUACCAGAUUAGAAGAAAAGAUAGACAUGGUGACUACUGACCUUCACAAUGUAUUCUUGGGGAUCCACGGGGGCAAGAUAUGCCUGUCUUGUGUCAAGUCUGGAGAUGAAAUCAAGCUCCAGCUAGAGAACAUUAACAUCACCGAUCUGAGCAAGACCAAGGAAGAAGACAAACGCUUCACCUUCAUCCGCUCAGAGAAAGGUCCCACCACCAGCUUUGAGUCAGCCGCCUGUCCAGGCUGGUUCCUCUGCACAGCACUAGAGGCUGACCGGCCCGUCAGCCUCACCAACAGACCCGAAGAGCCCCUCACAGUCACAAAAUUCUACUUCCAGGAGGACCAAUAGUACUGCCCAGAUCUAUCCUUCCCCACUCCCAGGCCAUCAGUGACUCCACCAACUGCCUCCUCACUCUGGCCAUCGUUAGAGUCUGAAGAUCAAUCUUUCCCGGAUAUACAGUAGAAGGAGGGAGAAGAACCCUCAUGACAGAUUUCUGCCUUCAGCCUCUUGGCUGACCCAAUCCCCAUGAUGCUUCCAGAAUGAUCUUUCAAACUGGAUCAUGGCAGGCCCUUGCUCAAACCCUUUCUCGUUGCCUCUGCCCUCUGGGUGAAUCCUAGACCACUUGCUUGCCUGGGCGCCUCUGCUUCCCACACUCUCCUUUUCUUCCAUUGUCCAACAUAUCCACGGCCCAGAUCAAUCGAGCCACUUGGCAACACACCUCAAGUGGCUCCCUUACCUUGUUUUAUAAACCUGUACUUGUCUGUGAAGAAGCUUUUUAUUCAUUUUGGUUUUGGGUGCUUGGAAUGAAACCCACCAGGGCCUCACGUAUGCUAAGUACAUACCCUACCACCGAACUAUGCCUCUAUCUCACGGGGAAGGUUUUAAGGAUUUAGAAAACAGAAAAUAAGGAUCUCAUAAUUAUUUUAUUAGGCCAGCCUUAUUCCAUGUGGGGGACAGUUCUUGUGGAGGUGAUGUCCUUUCUGAGAGGGGCUAGGGAUUAGAUGUUCUUACAUUUGUGAAAUGACCGUAUGCACGGAGAAAUAGAUAGUAAGUUUUCCUCUUUUCCUUCUUUGUGUGGUGCCCUAAAGCAAAAAUUUAAAAUUCAGUAGACUAUAUUAUCCCCAUAAUCCUUUUUUGUUUUCAUUUUUUCUGAUAUUUCCAAUAAUCCGAAUCCCUCUGUCCAAACCAAACACCACCUCCACUCCAGUCUUUCCACAGCUGCCUGCAGAAGUUCCCCGUUGUCGCUGUGCAAAUGUAUCUCAGGCCCUUCCUGCUGUGGUGAAUGAAUCCACUGAUUGUUUCUUAACCAUUUUAGCACUUCCAACCUUGAAAUUUGUGUGGAAGUAGCUAUGACCCUGUCUGUUUCAUCUACCAGACUGUGAGCUCCGAAGAUCAGGGAGCAUCGUGUGUGUGUGUGUGUGUGUGUGUGUGUGUGUGUGUGUGUGUGUGUUGGGUCCCUACAGAGCUGAGCACCGCUUUGGCUCUUGGCGGACACUCAGUAAAUAUGUGUUAUACACACUGGGUAGAAAGUUUCUUACUCCUCUUUGUGACUUUAGCUGUAUUUUACAAUAAAACACUGAAAAUGUC